UCCUGGAGGAAGAAGUCUUUCAGAAGAACACGAGGCACCACCACGCACUCACAGGCCUCUGUCACGGCAGGUCAGUCAUCCACCUCUGCCAUCGACGCUGCAUGGACACCCAUCGCAGGACUUCAGACGAUGUGAGAGGUUCGUUGGAAUGUCGGCAACAGCUCGACCUUACAAUCGUCUUCUGUCUCGUGUGGUUGCUGCAGGUGCAUCAGACAUUCCCAUGUGCCCUCCGACUCCAACUCAUCAUGCACGCCCAACUCGUGCCAGUGAACCUAUGAUGAUUCCUCUGCAUGAAGACUCCACAGCAAGGGAUUAUCCACAAACAUCAGAUGAUACUCGUUCUGGCACUGCACGUGUUUCCUCACCCACACCAAUUCCAGGGCCGAGUUGUUCCCGAGAGUCUUCAGCAUCUACAUCAGCUGGGAAUGGUGAUCAGCUUUCAGAGAUGCCUGGAAUGUUUAUGCAUCAUCAGAGGCUAGGAGAGGGAUGUACAAUUUUGCCAUUACGCCACAUGUCUUCAACUCGUCUCCCUUCUAUUCCUGAGAGGUCUGCUAAGACACAGAGACUUGAAUUGUCUUCAGAAGAGGAACCUCUUCCACCUUACUGGGAAGCUCGUAUUGACAGUCACGGUCGGAUAUUCUAUAUUGACCAUGUGAACAGGACAACAACUUGGCAACGCCCCACAACAGGGUCAGCUUCCCGCAGCAGGCCUGUCAGUAAUGAGCUGCAGAGACAACAGUUGGACCGGAGGUAUCAGAGCAUUCGCAGGACCAUCACAUCACGAAGGCCAGAAACGGAUGAGGCUAGUUGCAGCUCUGACAUGUCUCAGGCAGAAGCUGGUGCAAGCACUAGCAGUGGAACUCCACACGUGACACCAGCAGAAGCAAUACAUCAAAUGCCUGCUGUCAAAUUCAUCACACGACCAGAUUUCUUCUCAAUACUGCACAUGAAUGCGGAGGCACUGGCCAUGUAUAAUCGAAAUGGUUCCCUGAAGCACAUGAUUUCAAAGAUUCGAAGAGAUCCUCAUUCAUUUGAGAGAUACCAGCACAACCGUGAUCUUGUGAGCUUAGUCAACCUCUUUGCUGAUGUUGUGAGGGAUCUACCACGUGGCUGGGAAACUAAGUUUGAUCGGAAUGGAAAGCAAUUCUUCAUCGACCACACAACCAAGACGACAACUUUCAUUGACCCUCGCCUGCCAACUGAGUCCCCCUACUUGAAUCCCCACAAACUGUUCCUGCCUGGUGCUCGGCGACGUAGCCGAAGUGCGGGCGAGGAGGAGCUGGGUCAUGGCCGUGCACCUAUUCCACCACCACGACCACCUGUGAGUUGCCUCUGUGGGCCAAACCUUGGCCUAAAUGCUGCAAGUAUCGCUCGUGUUAUGCCAACACCUGAAAUUCCAACUGCUUACAAUGAGAAAGUGGUAGCUUUCUUACGACAGCCAAACAUUGUCGACAUCCUGAAGGAGAGACAUCCAGCCAUGGGAACUUCACAAGCUUUGCGUGACAAAGUCAAUGCUGUUCGUGUUGAUGGCACACAAGCACUGGAUCGUUUAAGUGAUGACAUAGACCUCACCAUUCUACUCAGCCUGUUCGAGCAGGAGAUUAUGAGCUAUGUCCCAGCUGUGCCUGCAUCAACCAGAUCACCUCGAGGCUCUCCUCAGCUGUCACCACAGGCCUCACCAGGCCUUUCUAGAGCCAAUGCACGUGCCCCAGCACCUUACCGCCGGGAUUUUGAAGCAAAGCUGCGUAAUUUCUAUCGUAAACUGGAGUCCAAAGGAUAUGGGCAAGGACCAGGAAAACUCAAGCUACACAUUCGUCGUGAGCAUCUACUUGAAGACGCAUUUAAUAAAAUAAUGGCUGCCUCCAAGAAAGAUUUGCAGAAGUGCAAGUUAUAUGUUACAUUUGAUCGGGAGGAAGGACUAGAUUAUGGGGGCCCAUCAAGAGAGUUCUUCUUCUUGCUUUCACGAGAAUUAUUCAAUCCCUAUUAUGGGUUGUUUGAAUAUUCUGCAAAUGAUACAUACACUGUGCAAGUGUCACCCAUGUCAGCAUUUGUUGACAAUCACCAUGAGUGGUUCCGUUUCAGUGGUCGAGUGUUAGGGCUGGCUUUGGUGCAUCAGUACCUCUUGGACGCAUUCUUUACCCGGCCAUUUUACAAGGCUCUCUUGAGACUGCCAGUAUCCUUGAGUGAUCUUGAAUCACUGGAUGCAGAAUUUCAUCAGAGUCUUCUGUGGAUCAAGGAAAAUGAUAUCACUGGUGAUUUCCUGGAUCUUAAUUUUGCUGUUACAGAGGAGGUUUUUGGUCAAGUAGUAGAACGUGAGCUAAAGCCUGGUGGCCGAAAUAUUAUUGUCACCGAAAAAAACAAGAAGGAGUAUCUUGAACGUAUCGUGCGUUGGAGGCUGGAGAGAGGAGUAGCUGAACAAACAGAAUCACUAGUCAGAGGUUUCUACGAAGUUGUAGACCCUCGCCUUGUGUCCGUUUUUGAUGCCCGUGAGUUGGAAUUAGUUAUUGCUGGAACUGCAGAAAUUGAUCUUGUUGACUGGAGGAAAAACACAGAAUACAGAUCAGGGUAUCAUGAUAACCAUCCAGUAAUGCAGUGGUUCUGGGCAGCAAUAGAGAGGUUUACAAAUGAACAGAGGUUGAGAUUAUUGCAGUUUGUGACGGGAACAUCUAGCAUUCCCUAUGAGGGAUUUGCUGCACUGAGGGGCAGUACUGGGCCACGGAAAUUUUGCAUUGAGAAGUGGGGAAAGCCAAACUCACUUCCAAGGGCUCACACAUGUUUUAACCGUCUGGACCUGCCACCAUACCCUACACCAGAAGUACUUUAUGAGAAGUUACUUCUGGCAGUUGAAGAGACAAACACAUUUGGUAUAGAAUGAAAUGCCAAAAUGUUAUAAAGUAGCACAUUGGUAGAAAUACAGCAAAUUGUGACCAAAGAAAGCUGCCGUAUGAGGGCUACUCAUCAGGACAGCAUGUGUGAUUUGUUGUGAAGUCUGUUUUGUUAUGCUGGAAACAGCAUAUUCAACAGUGUCACAUGGUUAACUAAAUUCUCAGGCAUAUUGAAUCAGCUGCAUUAGCUAUUGAGUUUUGCAUCUUUGUGUGUAAUUUAAGAUGUGCAGUUUAGGAAGAGUUCCCUUUAUGAGUUUUGUGGCAUUUAGUAUUUUAUUUUUCUGUAGAAUCGCCUGUUAUAUCACUUACAGUUACAGGUCAGAUAUACGAUGUUACAGCUAGUUACCAAAGCUGGAAGAGGUUAAAAGACUUAAUAGUGAUAUUUUAUCAACAUAAUUAAUAUUUGUGUAAAAUGAAACAAGUAUCUCGCCUGUUACAAUUCACUUGUGCAUUGACUGGUACUUUGCUUUUUGUAUGGGAGAUUUUAGCCAAGGGCUAUAGUUAAUCUUUUGUCAGUGAAAUGUGGCAAAUGAAAUACAGCAUGGUCAGUGAUCUGUUCCAUGUAAUGUGUACAUGAAAAUCAUUAAGAUAUUUUACAAGAGAAAUUUAUUUUGUAUUGUAAAUUUUUCCUCUGUUUGAAAUGUGAAAAAUAAGAAAUAUAUUAGCUUGCUUCCCCAUCAAUUCUCAGGUCCCAAAGUUUCGGACAAAGCUUGCUAUUUUACUAUGAGCAUGCACACAAAAAAUUUAUAUGUAUUGAUUUUUGAUCAGCAAAGAAAUUGCAAAUGUUCAUAUUAAACAUUUCUUUCAUAUAAAUGAAUACUUCUCUCUUGUUGUGAGUACUUUAAUUAUGAAUAUCCAGCUCUCUGCAUUGUCAUAGCAUAAAAAUUUAAAUACUUUGCUGCAAACAGUGUAAUAAUGCGGCAGUUAUUUUUAUAUCCAUAUUAAACAUAGACUGAGAUAUUUCUCAAUGUAAAGAUUUAUGCUGUAAGCAGUGGUAUGAAACUGUGAGACAGAAACACAACUACAAAACUUUAUCAGGAUACCUAAAUUAGUUGACUGCAGAUUUUUUUAGUCUCCUUAGAUAAUGCUUCAUGUAGUUGAUUGCAUUAUCGCAGAAUUUUCAUAUAAAGAUUUACUCCAUAAGUGCUGAGUAAUUUCAUAUAAAAUGAAUAUGUCACAUAGAGACUUUCAAAAAAUGUUUGUUGUACACUGAAAUUUUGCAGUUGUUGACAAGAGAUGUUAACAGCUCAAGAAUUGAAGCUAUCUCUGUCACCUUUGCUGAAUCAGCAAAACAUUUUGCUACGCAUUCCGGCCAACCAGUGCUUGCCUUGAAUAUAUAUUUAAAAAUUAAACAAAUAAAUGACAUUAAAGUGUUUAGAAAACUAAAUUUAUGUUGCGUCCACAUAUUUUAUUCAGCACAGAUUUCUAAAUGGAACAGCUUUAAGUAUUCAUUUCAAAUAAGAGAGGUGCAUCAACAAGGGGCCAACAAUCUUGACAAAUUUGAGAUGGAAUACUUUGCAUGUUUCUUUCAAGUUACAGCUUUUGCAAAUAUGCUAAUACAUGUUUACUUGUAAUUAAUAUCAUCUGAAACAAAUAUUUUUGAAUUAACUGGUAUUAUUUUUACUUUCAACCUCAUUUGAUUUCUGCUUUAUAUGCUACUGGUUUUUAGUAUUAAAAGAAACUACAAUAAAUUCUUGUCAUUCCAGUUCUGUAGUUAUUGAAUUUCUUGAGCUUUAUACAAAAUGUAGACAUACUGAGUUUGUCUCUUUACAAGCUUGCAAUACAUGUUUUACAUAAUGUAUGCUUUCAGAAUUUUGUUAGGUUUGUUUGUUUAUGCAGUAAUUCACAAUAUUAAAGAACACAAAUUAUUUGUGCCUGAAGAUUAUCAUGUUCCAACAAAUAUAAUAAUAUACCAAUUUCUUUGGUGCAGCUAAAUUCAUUAGUAGCUGCACUUCUAAGUGUCUUUAUUGGGAUUGCUCAAAAUUUAAAUACAGUAGUAUUUGCAUGUAGUACUAAAUCAGCUAUAAUUCCUAGUCAAUUACACUCUCAUACAGCACAUUAUGAUUGCUUCAAAGCAAAAUAUUCUAUUCAAGCAAUAUAAUAUAUAUCUUCCUCAGAAAUACGUUUAUUUGUUUCUUUAUUUGAUGAUACUACAUUGAAUGCUGCUCCUUUUUGUUCUUUUAUUAUUUUUACUCCUAGCUCACCUGGCAACUGUAGAAAUAAACUUUUUGCCAUACAGAGGUUAGACAUUUCUGUUUCAUUAUGAUUAUAGAAGGGAGGUUUUGAAAUUCUCUUCAUGGCUACAUACAAUUGUACCAUAUUAUUCACCAAACCAUUUCUUGAAACUUGAAUCUCUGUGUCAGAACAUAUGAUUUCAACAAACCUGGCAAAAUUCUGAGGCUGUAUAUACUUCAGUAUUACUGCACUCACACACUAGUUGCUAUGUCCUCUAAAGAGGCUUUGAAAAUAUAACAGCACAUUUUUGAUGUCCAUUAUAUGAUUACAUGCACUGAAACUGCAUGCGGCACUGUGAAUUUUUAAGCAUUUUUCAACAUGCUAAGAAUUAUACAGUCUCACAAUAUUAUUGUUGUUGUUGUUACUGUUAUAAAUGUAUGUGGCUAGUUCAGUAUAUACUGUAGGGUAUGUGUGGUGUCAUUCUGUCAUUUUUGUUUAAUUUAUACAUAUGUUUUUGAUUUUAUACUUUUGGGACAUGAAAGAAAUUUUCCUUUUAGAAUCACUAUUAUCCACUUACUGUUGUACAGAUAGAGGAAAGCAAAACUUUGUAGUAUGCUUUUGACAAUUCAUUUAAAAUUAGUCUAAUUUUCAAAAAUUUAAUAUUUAAAAAAAAUAUCUUGAGGACGUGCUGUUUGUGUUCAUAAGUAUUUAGACUCGUAAGCCGCAUUAUUAUUCAAAGGCUCUGAAAUCGAUAUUUUCAUAAAACAAGCUGUGUGUAUGAUCAAGAAUAUUGUGUUGUAAUCACCUAGGGGAAGUACAGGUAUAUUGGUCUUAGAAUGACAGAACUGUUUCAUAAGCAGCAGAAAUGGACAUAGUAUUUACAAACUUACAGCUUAAACAAAGAAGUGAUGUGAAAAUUUUAUUGGUUGUUAUUCUUGUGCAAGAUUUGUGUGUUUAUUUGUAAAUCACAGAGCAAUAUGAUUGUGUGACAAAUGGUUAUUUUCAGGGAAACCUAAUAUCAGCAGUCUAAAAACAAUUCUAGUUUACUCGAAAGUGUUUAAUGCAAUGCUUUUUACGUCUUGUUUAAUCUGCUUUGUUCUUUUGUACAAAACUUGGUGGCUGAAAUAUUCUUCCAUUUAUCACUUGACAUUGUUCCUAAUUUUUUGCUUCUCUUAAUGCCUAUCAUUUUUUCUCCACAUUUAUUUGAGAAAUGUUCUCUUGUGAGAAGAUGUGAUGUAAUGUGACAAAAUGUGGAAAAUGUGUGUGAAGGGAUUGUGAAUAGGCUUAAUUAAUGUGAUCAUCCUUCAGUACUAGUCAAGUAAGAUUAUUUAUACUUAAUAUAGUUAUAUAUACAUAUAUGAGCAUGUGUGUAUGUGUGUAUUGUUUGUGUCAAAUAUGUAAAUCUUUCGUGUACAGUCUAUGUAGAUAAUUCAUUUCUUGCUGUGCAACUGUAUGCACAAUCACCAUGUUGCGUAGUAGCAUGUUAUUAUUUAUUUCAUUCAUUGUUUACAGUCAUGGCCAGAUAUAACUUUUUUUGAAAUAUUAAAUGCUGUUACUGAA